CGUGUAUCUCGCACUGCUCAUAAUAUACUUACGAGAAUCCUUUCACUACAUGCAUAUUAAGUAUUUUCGAAGUAUAGUUAAAAGUCAUUUCAGAACAUUGUAUAUAAUUAAAGCAUAUAUAAACUUUCUUUGCUUCUGGCAGUAAGCUGUUGUACACAAAGGUACUUGUGUUUGAUACAGUGUUCCGAUUAUUUGAGUUAACAAUUCGAAUUAUUAGUUUUUUUGAGAAAUGGAAGGUUUUAAGCUGUGACAGCUUUUGUUCCAGCUGAGCAGUCAAAGACAGCCUAUUUUGAGUCCAUAGUGAUGCCUAUGCCAGCCACUUUUUACAGAAGACACUUUGGAUUUAAAUUUUGGAGAGCACGAACGUCUACAAUAACACUAAAUUCUGUAUUUGAGCACAACUCACAAUUGUAGAUAAUAAGUAUAUAAAUAUCUUUUAAAAGCUACUUAAGCAUGUCAGCACCAACAACAACGUUUUUACCUUUUUCGCCUCAAAAUAAUGAGAAAGAAUUUUCUCAGUCACUCAUUGAUUAUUCACUUAUUAGGGGAAAGGAUGUAUUGGUCAGUCCAUCUGAAGACCAGUAUGAAUUAUUAUUGAAGAAACUGAAAGAAAGAAUUCAAGAUGGUGGCAGUGAAACUAUAUUUGAAAUCGGAGUUGGAGGAGAUGGAUCAGAAGAUGGUUUGAAAGACGAUGAGUAUGAGGCAUCAGUGGCUACUCUUCAAUCAUUGGCAGCAACUCUGGAAGCAGAUUGUGUCUUAUUGCGUCAAAAUAAAGUGGAACGCAAGCUGACAGGACAAUAUUUAGUCAGAAAACGUCUAGAUCAACAAGACUUUUUGGAAAUAAGGGUUGCUGUAGUUGGCAAUGUUGAUGCUGGAAAAUCGACAUUACUUGGUGUUUUAACCCACGGAGAACUUGAUAAUGGACGAGGAUUGGCACGGCAAAAAUUAUUUCGACACAAGCAUGAAGCUGAAACUGGAAGAACAAGUUCAGUUGGAAACGAUAUUCUUGGUUUUGAUAGUGUCGGGAAUGUUGUUAACAAACCUGAGCAUGGAUCUCUAGACUGGGUUAAAAUUUGUGAAAAAUCUUCUAAAGUCAUUACCUUUAUUGAUCUUGCUGGUCAUGAACGUUACUUAAAAACCACAGUAUUUGGGAUGACUGGACACGCUCCAGAUUUCGGUAUGUUGAUGGUUGGUGCAAACGCUGGUAUUGUCGGAAUGACAAAAGAACAUCUUGGAUUGGCAUUAGCACUGUCGGUACCAGUUUUUGUUGUUGUGACAAAAAUUGACAUGUGCCCGCCAAAUGUAUUACAAGAAAAUCUGAAGCUGUUAAUGAGAAUCCUAAAAUCUCCUGGCUGUAGAAAAGUUCCAGUUACUGUAAAAACUCCUGAUGAUGUAGUAAUAAGUGCUACUAACUUUGUAUCCGAAAGGCUAUGUCCGAUCUUUCAAGUUUCAAAUGUAAACGGAGAAAAUCUAGAUCUCUUGAAAAUGUUUUUGAAUCUAUUAACUGCCCGAAUUACUAGUCAUGACAAUGAACCUGCCGAGUUUCAAAUAGAUGAUACCUAUUCUGUUCCUGGAGUAGGAACUGUUGUUUCCGGGACAACUUUAAAAGGCGUUAUACGCUUGAACGAUAUAUUACUUCUUGGACCGGAUCCCCUUGGACAUUUUCAGCAGAUUGCUGUUAAAAGUAUUCACAGAAAAAGAAUGCCCGUGCGUGAAGUGCGUGGUGGACAGACUGCAAGCUUUGCUUUGAAAAAAAUCAAAAGAUCGCAAAUUCGCAAGGGUAUGGUAAUGGUCUCACCAGCUCUCAAUCCGCAAGCUUGCUGGGAAUUUGAGGGUGAAAUAUUAGUCUUGCAUCACCCAACAACCAUUAGUUCACGCUAUCAAGCAAUGGUACAUUGUGGCAGUAUUCGACAAACUGCGUCAAUAUUGUCCAUGUCUCAAGACUGCUUGAGGACAGGAGAUAAGGCUUUGGUUCACUUUAAGUUCAUAAAGCAUCCAGAGUAUAUAAAACCUGGACAACGAAUGGUUUUCAGAGAAGGUCGUACUAAAGCUGUAGGCAACGUUUUGCGAUUAAUCCCACACACGGGACCAUCUGUUGCACAUUUAUCUUCCAGGAUUAAUAAACCAAAUAAGCCGCAACAAAAUCGACAGAAUACAAAUGCACAAAUGUCAGAAAAUCCGGAAGCUAAUAAUAGCACAGACACUCAAAAUACCAAGCGCGAGAAUACAUCGCAAAAACAAAGUUCAAAUCCUGCGAAAAAAGGUAGGGCUAGAAGAGGACUAACACAAAACAAUGGCAGUAGCUCUGUGCAACCACUUGUGGAACAGAAUCCUCCUUCAAAUAUUUAAAUGAUAAAUAAUUAUGUAUAAAGUAUACAUAAAUCUUUAAUUAUUAUUCUAUAUAGUUCUAAAAUAGUGUUAAUGUGUGAAAAAAGUGUAACUUAAUAUGUUUAUUUCAAGUAUUAAUAAGAUGGAUAAUUAUUUUUAUAAUUCAUGACAUGUUCUAACUACGAGGUAAUAUGCUCGUAUUAUUGCAGGAACGUUGUAUUAUCAGAUAGAAUUUUACUUGAGUAUACAUUUAGGUCAAAUAAGUAAUGACUGAAUGAGAGAGUAUUAUAUUGGACAACAAAAUUAUUUUUGUGAAAAAAUAUUUGAAAAUAUUCAUCCAAAUCAAAAUUUAAAAAAUGCACAAUUUAAUGGUUUAAAGCAUACAUGUAAGAAAAUGUAUUUCAAAAAGUUCUUGUUCUAUUUUUCAGAACUUCUAAUGUAUAAAUAUGACAUAAUAAAGAAUUUGAAAAAUCAAAAAAA